GAAUCGACUAAAUUUAAAUAAAUCAACAGUUUCCGUCGAGUUUCCCAGACUUUUUCCAAUUCAAGAUCCACUCAUUCUUGAAGAGGAAGCGUUGCUGAAACGACUGUAUACGACCAUUCGUCCUUUCCCUCUUCAUCAUGGUUGCAUACAAUGCCGCACGGCUAUCACUGGCUUCUUUUCUGCCACUCAUUCUUAUAUUUCCACUUAUUGCUACCGCUGUUAAACACCAAGACUUCAAGACCUGCGAGCAGUCCGGGUUUUGUACUCGCCAGCGAGCCUACGCAGACUUGGUUGACAAGUCGGCCACUGACAACACUACUCAACACUAUUCGUUUGUGCCCAAAUCUCUCGUUAUGGAUGAAUCGAAUGGCCGCAUUGCAGCGCAGUUGAUGGGCUUGGAGCCCACCGAUGUGUUUACUGUUGAAUUCAACUUUCUUCAGAGUGGUGCCAUACGAAUGCGCAUCAAUGAGCGCGACCCGCUGCAUCCUAGAUACACUGGAGCUGCUGCCUUUGCCCUAGUAAGCGACGAUCCCGCAUCUAUCAAAGACAAAACAGAUCAAAACAGCCAUUCUAGUGGCCACGCUGAUCCUCAGCUGAUGUCCACUUCGUUUGUGAGUGUGAUUGCCACCAAAGACGAGUGGCGGGUAAAGUUUGGCAGCGAUCCUACCAAGCACAAUGUCCUUUCGCUUUACGCCAAUCCAUUCCGUUUUGAGAUUGCUGUCAAUAAUAUACCAGCCAUCACCUUUAACGAGCGUGGCUAUCUGCAUCUCGAACAGUAUCGUACAAAGGACAACCCUAACGCUAUUCCUCGCUUUGCUAAAAAGGCUUCUCCAUCCCCUCCUGUUGCUAAUGAUGAACCUUUCAUGUGGGAGGAAACCUUUAGUGGAAACACUGACUCCAAGCCUCGUGGUCCUGCAUCCAUUGGUGUUGAUAUUUCUUUUCCUGGAUCUAGUCAUGUUUAUGGAAUUCCUGAGCAUGCUGCAAGCUUUUCUUUAAAAACAACUAGAGGCGAGGGCAAGGAGUUUUCCCAACCCUACCGUCUGUAUAAUUUGGAUGUUUUUGAGCAUGAGCUGGAUAGUCCAAUGGCCUUGUAUGGUUCAAUCCCAUUCCUCAUGUCACAUAAAAAAGGUCUUUCUGCCGCUGUUUUGUUUUUAAACUCUGCCGAGAUGUGGGUAGAUGUAGAAAAAACCAAGGGAACAGGAAGCAAAUUUCAACUCUCCAACUAUGUACCCUUCAUGACCAAGCAAACUAGCGCAACUUCUGUAGAGACUCAUUGGAUGGCUGAAUCUGGAGUACUCGACCUGUUUAUUUUCCUUGGUCCCACUCAGGAAGAUAUAUUUGAUUCUUACUCAAAGCUUACAGGACGUCCUACCAUGCCUCAGCAAUUUGCAGUAUCGUACCAUCAGUCUCGUUGGAACUACAAUAAUGAAGAUGAUGUCAAGACCGUUGAUGCUGAAUUUGAUAAGCACGAUAUUCCAUACGACGUUCUUUGGCUGGAUAUUGAGCACACAGAUGGAAAACGGUAUUUUACCUGGGACUCUGCCAAGUUUUCCACUCCCAAAGAAAUGCAAAAAAACCUUGCAUUUAAAGAACGCAAGAUGGUUACAAUUAUCGAUCCACAUAUCAAAAAAGAUUCCAAUUACUACGUGUCUAAAGAAGCGUUGGAUCAAGGACUGUUUAUCAGAGAUGCUCAGGGAAAUGUCUUUGAUGGACACUGUUGGCCUGGAAAUUCAAACUGGAUUGACUAUACCGAUCCUGCUGGUCGUGCUUUUUGGAAGUCAAAGUUUGCUUUUGAAAACUACAAAGGAUCUACACCCUCACUAUAUACAUGGAACGACAUGAAUGAGGCAUGUUUUACUGCUCAACCAUCUGUUUUCAAUGGUCCAGAAAUCACUAUGCCCAAGGAUAAUCUUCACCACGAUGGCUGGGAACAUCGAGACGUUCACAACAUUUAUGGGUUAUUGUUUCAACAAUCAACAUAUGAAGGCCAGCUUGCUCGUGCUGAUGGAAAAGAUCGUCCAUUUGUUCUUUCGCGUGCCUUUUUUUCCGGUACCCAGAGAUUUGGUGCUAUAUGGACGGGUGAUAACACUGCAAGCUGGGAUCAUUUGGCAGCUUCCGUACCCAUGAUCUUGUCCAUUGGCAUUUCUGGCAUUCCUUUUGCUGGAGCGGAUGUGGGCGGAUUUUUUGGAAGUCCUGGACCUGAAUUGUUCACACGUUGGUAUCAAGUUGGAGCACUACAACCAUUUUUCCGUGGACAUGCCCAUAUUGAUUCUAAACGAAGAGAGCCUUGGCUGUUUGGCGAGCCUUACACAACAAUAGUUCGUGAUGCGAUUCGUCGUCGGUACAGACUUCUCCCAUACAUAUAUACUCUUUUUUCGCAAGCCAGUCGUUCUGGAAACCCAGUAAUGAGAUCCAUGAUGCAAGAAUUUCCUGAUGAUGAGACUACGUUUGCUAUGGAUGACCAGUUUUUGCUCGGUAGUGCAAUCAUGGUGAAACCUGUCACAUCCAUUGAGCAACCUAGAACAGAUAUAUACCUUCCCAAAUCAGCCAACUGGUAUAAUUACAAUACUUUUUCUCCCGUCACAUCCAACUCCAACGGUAUUUUCACAAUGGAUACUCCAUUGGAAGUUAUCCCAAUGUUUUUACGUGGAGGAUCGAUUGUACCUCGUCGUGAUCGUGUUCGUCGUUCAUCUUCAUUGUCCAAGGCAGACCCAUAUACACUGAUUGUAGCGCUGGAUAAAAGUGGCGCUGCUACAGGCACGCUCUAUGUGGACGAUGGUCGCUCGUAUGCUUUCCAAAAGGGAGAGUAUAUUUUCAAUACAUUUGUAUUCAAGCAGGGUAAGCUGACAUCUACGUCUUCACGACUUCAAGCUGUAUCUAUGGCAGAUUUGAGUGAUGAUGGACUCGAGUCACUUGGAAUGCGGAUUGAGCGGAUUAUUCUUGUUGGUGCAGCAACCAGCCCCGAAAAGGUUGUAGCUAAUGGUGUUCAGGCAGAUUUCAAGGUGACGUCUAUGGGCGGAGUGUUUAUGGUUGUUGUCAAGAACCCUAAAAUUGCUGUAGGACACGCAUGGACAGUUGAGUUUGCCUAAAUUGUAAUUGAAAUCAUAUUCAAGAAUGCACAAGUCAGGUUUGGUACUGAAUUUGGGAACCUUCUGGUUGACCAACCUUUUCAAAUGACAAUAAAGCUGCAAUAAAAAUCGAAGUUU